AUGGCUAAUUUCCUGUUUAUUGUUAUUAGAAUGGCUUCCGUUCCCGCCAUCCUUCUGUCAGUGCUCUUCUUCGUGCUGAUUUUGAUUGACGUGACCGGGAAUAUGUUGGUUUGCCUGAUAGUUUAUCGCCGGAAGCAGAUGCGGAGGCCAAUGAACUAUCUCCUGGUGAACCUCGCUGUAGCUGACAUUUUGAUUGGCGUAUUUAUGUUGCCUAGACACGUGUUUCAUCAUACAUUUGAACAUCCCACAGGUAAGCUCAGAAUAGGUGGAUCACCUACCCCUCCCCUAACCCAACAUUUUGCCCCUAGUGAAACAAAAAGGUUAACGUUGAGUAAGGGGAGGGGUAGGUGGGAAGUUUUCCAGAAACCUAAAUUGAUCCGAAAAGGUCAUUGGAGGGUGUUUUCUUCUCUUGUCGUGUGAGGUUCUUUUAUUUUUGUGUCUCAGUUAAAUAUAAAACAUGUUCAGGCUGGAGAAGGGGAAGAGAGAAAGAGAGUGGAGAACGGUGAAAAAGCUCGGUCGGCAAGGGAGAGGUAGUAUGACAAUAUACUGAGCUCUCCCUUCAUAUCUCCAACACUAACGGAAGUCCUAUACAGUCGACUCUCGAUAACUCGAACCUCGCGCCAACUCAUAGAAAUUUUUGUUUCCCUUCCGGAUCAUUCUAUAUAAUUCUACACAGGAGAUAACUCGAACCAUGUUUUUUCAGCGCUUGACAAGUCGAAAAAAAGCAGUAAGAACGUCUGCAAGAGAGGCUAAUCAGUAGUAUUUCAGCUGAAACAUACCGCAUAAUUGUGAUCUAAAACCUCUGCACUCUCCUGUGUACCCGAAAAGCGAAAGUAGGCGAGACUCCAAUGCUACCGGUAUUUUUCCAAUCCUCUGCUAAAUUCAUUUAUUUCCUAAAAACAUAUCAUUUUUUCUUCACAUUAAAGGUACAUCUGGGAACUAUCUAUGCAAGUUCAUAACAGGUGGUGUGUUUAUUUGGCUGAGCGCCGCUUCAUCCGGGAUAUUACUCAUAGCUAUUGCUACUGCGCGGUAUUUCGCGGUGGUCCAUCCACUAAAGCGAAGACUCCGCUUGAAGAAUAAACACGUCUUAUGGAUUAUCGUCAUAUCUUGGGUCUUCGCUUGCUUAUUAACAGUGCCGAGUAUAUCCGCGAUUGUUUACAGCCCAAGCAAAGAUUUCUGUAUCGAGGAAUGGGCGGAGUGGUACCCCAAGCGAGGUCACGUUGCCUUUGUAUUCGUGGUGAAUUGCUUGGUUCCUAUCAUAUCCAUGACACUUUUAUAUUCGAGAAUCAUUCAUAAACUUUGGAACAACCACGAGCAGGUCACAAAUUUGGUCCAAUACGCAAGGCUGAAGGCUCGAAAGCGAGUCACAUUCAUGUUGAUUGUCAUAACACUUGUGCACACUUUGUGCUGGUCGCCGAAUUAUGUCCUGUAUCUGCUGAUUUUUUGCGUUCCCGGAUUUUACUACGGUUCAACGGCUUAUAUCUUCACUGUUUUGUUAGUUCUUCUCAACGCAGCCGCUGACCCGCUGCUUUACAUGUGGUACAUGGAAGAGUUCAAUAGGGGCCUGCGAAGCGUAUUCUAUUGUUGUCAUGGUAACAGAGUAGUAGGCGUUCCCACUGUUAGAAAAAUCAGUAAAACUCCUGUUGAGCUCGGUUUUUCUACCACUGUGGACCCAAACUAG